UGAUGGGUUUCCCUUUUCUUCUCAUUUCUGUUAACGGUUAACCCUGCACCUCUCUCUCUCGCUUUGUAAUGUCUUGCCCAACUCACGCGCAUCUCAAAUAAUUUCUUGGAUCAUAAACCACCAUCAAAGCAAAUACUUGGCUUGGACUGCCCCAAAAGAGUUUAAUAGCACUGAGAUGUUUCGAACCUGGUAGUAGAAGUUGCAAACCUCUAAGUCUCAAGCCUUGAAAAGGAGCAACCCCAUCUCUCUCUCUCGCGCACGCACAGAGCACUAUAUAUAUAUAAAACUUUUUACUCAUUUGGGGAGAUGGGCAUCUCAGGAAAGUCGAGGCGGCUAUAAAAGAAUUAGGCAAAGCUGGAGUGGGUGAAAAGAAGCAAACGGGGAGUGGACAGAGCAAAGUGGAGGUUGCUGCUUUCCUUGAACGAAAUGCCUCUCGAAAAAAUCAACUGCUCCGACGGUUCACCCCGGGUUCUGUUGUCCGAGCCCGGCGGUUCAACUGCCGAGGUUCUUCUCAAUGGCGGGCAAAUUGUGUCUUGGAAGAAUGACCGCGGAGAAGAACUGCUUUUUAUGAGCAGCAAGGCCAAUUGGAAAUCAUCUAAAGCAAUCAGGGGAGGUAUAUCUGUUUGCUUACCACAGUUUGGCAAUCUGGAGUCACUGUUCCACCGGUCUCCAAGGAACAAAUUGUGGUCAAUAGAUAGCUGCCCUUCGCCUUGGGAUGCAACUAGCAACCGGUCAUCUGUAGAUCUCCUUUUCAAGCCCACAGAGGAAGAUACUAAAAUGUGGCAACGUAGCUUUGAAUUGCGACUUCAUAUUUCCUUGGGCCCAGGCAAGCUAACUUUGGUCCCCCGUCUGAGGAAUACUGAUAGCAAAUCUUUCGCCUUCACAUUUUCUAUGUGCAACUACUUAUCAGUAUCUGACAUCAGUGAAGUGCGUGUUGAAGGUUUGGAGACACUUGAUUACUUCGAUAAUUUGUUGAAGAGAAAAAGACUUACGGAACAAGCAGAUGCAGUUACUUUUGAUGGCGAGGUUGACAGGGUUUAUUUGCAUACGCCGGCAAACAUUGCAGUGAUAGACCAUGAGAAGAAGAGAACCUUUGUACUGCACAAGGAAGGCCUUACCGAUGCAGUUGUUUGGAAUCCUUGGGAAAAAAUGGGAAAGGCAAUCCCAGAUUUAGGGGACCAUGAUUACAAGAAUAUGUUGUAUGUAUGCUCGGCUGCAUUUGAAAACCCAAUUGUUCUAAAACCUAUGGAAGAGUGGAAAGGCCGUCAAGAGCUUUCUGCCGUUUCUUCAAGUUAUUGUAGCGGGCAGUUGGAUCCUCAAAAGGUUCUUCUCUAUGCUAAGCUCGCUCACCCUCAACAAUGAACUAAAUGAAAGCUUCCUCUCAUUACAUCCAGUCUCUUCUCCUGUCAAAUAUUGAGCUUAGUUGCAUCUUCUUCUUGUAUUAAAGCCACCCUAGCCAUGUUUUACUGAAAUGGCUGUGGUUGCUGGAAGUAUUUAAGUUUGAUGGACCGGAAGAUCAUAUUGGGUGUUUAACUUGGUUAUGUACAUCUUGGCAAUGUUUGCCGCAGACAAUUGUAACUAGUAAAUGGUAUCCUUCAUCUGGAAACUAGCAUCUUUAUGUUCA